CCUCAAGCAACUUUUUCAUAUUCCGAGGCAACAUGCUGAUGAAAUCUCUUCUGACAGCGGCGGCAGCCGUCCACAUCGCUGCUGCCCAAGAACUUAUGCGUUUCGGAUGUUCCCAGCUUACCAUUGACCGAAUCGACCCCCUCGUGGAGCCGGGUAGUGCGCCCUCCGCACACAUGCACCAAAUCAUCGGAGGAAACUCCCUCAACGCUUCCAUGAAACCCGUCGACCACGACCCGCCUACCGUCUCUACUUGCACCAGUUGCACCUAUUCCGAAGACUUCUCAAACUACUGGACCGCCAACUUAUACUUCCGCGCCCGGAACGGCACAUAUAAGAGGGUCCCCCAAUUUGCCAACCUAGGAUUGAACGUCAAGGCCGGCAUGACCGUCUAUUACAUCCGCGGCUAUCAGGCCAACGCUAAAGUUACCGCUUUCCCGCCGGGUUUCCGCAUGCUAGUUGGCGACCCGAUGAACAGACAAGCCAGCACGAUGCAGCGGGGCCUCUGCUAUAGAUGUGAGGCAAAUAUGGCCCAGAACCCGUUUGGCGGAGCACCUUGCACGGGAUCCGACACACAGGCAUUCCCUAAAGGUGCCUGCGGGGGAGGCUGGCGUGUCACUGUACAUUUUCCAAGUUGCUGGGACGGCAAGAACUUAGAUUCGCCCGACCACAAGAGCCACAUCGCGUACCCUGCUUCAGGAACGUUUGAGAGCGGUGGUGCUUGUCCUUCGACUCACCCGGUCAAGAUCCCGCAGAUCAUGUACGAGAUUAUGUUUGACACGCGGGCCUUCAACAACAAGGCCGACUGGCCGGCGGAUGGCUCCCAGCCGUUCGUCUGGAGCAUGAACGACACCACGGGGUACGGUCUUCACGGAGACUACCUGUUCGGCUGGAAGGGCGACGCCCUGCAGCGAGCCAUGGACGGGAAAUGUUCGGGGGACCGUUGCUCACCGCUAAAGAGACAGACAGACCAGGCUGCUAUAGACUGCGUCAAGUCACAGAGCGUUAAGGAAGACAUUGGCGACGACUGGCUUCCUACCCUCCCGGGCUGGUAAACAGCCUCCGCCUCGCCCUCUCCCGCUCUCCCUCCAAUUUGGAGGGAGGCAUUUGGUGCGAGAAGAGAUAUUAUGGUAUAAGUCUGGCAGUUAUUAUAUACACGGAACGAGGUACCUGUGUACCUAGUGAAUUGAAGAUGAGACGUUGUGGUACCUGUAUUAGGUUACGGGGGUGGAUCUACGCUAGCGUCCCCAGAAACCUUAAGUUUAAUUUGGCUUCAUACCCAGGUAUACAACGUUUGUCAGCAGCUACUUUAAUCAAAGGUACCUUCCAAGAUUCUAGAGACCGCAAGUGCUACCUAUAAAGUGCUACUCAUAAUUUUACAUCUUAAGAACCGUCUCUCGUCAACAGGUAUCUAUGUACCUACCUUCCCAAUUACACCCUUCACGCCAUCACAUUCAAUGUCAAUCUCUGGGUUUCGACAUCAACUUGCACCAGGGAUUUACCUGCUAAGAGACACUUUUUAUACGUUGCAGUCCAAGAAUUAGUAUUAUAGAUUAUAUAUACAAGACUUAUUUUUGUGUCACCAUUGCUACAGAUAACCAGCAGUUCUGCUAACUAUUAUAUGGUGAUAUUUGAUAUUUGAUAUUUGAUAUUUGAUAUUUGAUAUU